AUGAGACAAAACUUCUUUGUCGCAUCGCCUAGUAACUCUAUACUGAUCCUUCGCGUGAUGACAGAGCUUUGCGCUCUUGUCUUGGCUGCCCUUGUGGUUGUCGUAGUGGAAGACUUGCAGUGGGCAUUAGCAUCUCGCCCCGGUGGCGUAAGUCUAUUGCAUUUUGUAGGACUUGACGCCGGUACGGGAGUAUGGGGAUUGCUUCGACUCUUGGCGACUGCUGAGUGGAGGCAGAAGUACUCCAGUCUAUUCCGCCUGCUGGUUAUCUGCUCUAUUCCUCUGCCAGGCAUUAUUCUCAUGGGUGCUAUUUCAAUUGAAUUGGUCACGUUUCCCGAGAAGACAUACAACGUGUCUGCUGGAAUUGCCCCCUUCAACGCCUCUUACAUCUACGAAAUCCGUCAGUCUACGGCCACCGCCUUAUUAGUUCAGAUGGGCAGCCCGGCAUGGUCUGACAGAGACUCUUUCUCCCUGGAUCCCUUGCAUCAAGGCGUGGGAAAGUGCACCGGAAAUGACGGCGGAUGGGCCCCGUGUGAUGAAUCACAUCUGCUCACCGGCGGUGUGGUCUCAAUUGCGCCUCAAGCAGACAACCUCACGAGCUAUCCGGACUCUGCGGCUUACGUAGUCCCCAACACUCGAGUCGUUCAGUUGGAAUAUGGAAGAGUACAUGAUCUCGAUGGUCUGCGUACAAAUGGAACUUGCUUCCUCAUUGGCGCCGACAGCGCUGCCUCGUACUGGUGUGCCGCUGUUGGCAAACAGAAAGGCCUGCUUUUUGGGUCGGCGUACUGCCCGAUUGCACUUCAACUGACCAGUUCCUGCAUCAAUAACACCGCUUGGACAAACCCCUUGGAACUGUCAUCAUCACUAUAUGUAUACUCACGUUAUGCCACCGUCACAUAUGAUCGCGGAAACUUUUCAAUCCUCGACGUCUCGGAUAUGACACCACCAGAGCAGGAUAUCAUCGGUCUCGACGAGUACAUGCUCUCGCUAUCCGCCGUAGUCCCAGGCUUUAACAAGAGCGGCCCAGCUACAAAGGGCGACAACUCGGCACUAGCCAUCUAUGCAGUCACAGCGCUACCGAUCAACGACAGCGAAGUAGCCAAGAAGCAGUCAUUGAGAGCCGUUAGGAAGGCUCUCUCUGUUCCAUUCAGCUACUUCCACGCAAAUUACUUCUCUCCUGGUCCGUCCAUUUGGGAACUCAAGACUCCUCGCGAAGGUCUACCAAAGGACAUGUACUCCACCCUGUCCAUCUCCAUCCUCAGCCAUCAGGUUGUUGCAGGAAUUGUUAGCAGGUGGCUUUUCGUCACAGUAGCCGGCAUAAUACUGUGCAUAUCAUUAGCUAUCAUUAUAGCAACGUCAAGGGUCUGUGUAAAGAGGCCAGAGAGGUGCGGCUAUCCAACGCUGGAUUUUGCCGCUGUGUGUGCUGUAAGAGGAGGAAUACCGUCCAGCUCUCCCGAAUGGGGUAAUACACAAGAGCCGGCUACUCAUGAGAGAGGUCAUGCGAGUGGUCUGCACAGGAGCCUAACGCAACUCGGGCAAAAGCCACAACCAUUCGGAGUUGCGAAAAACAUUAAGAACGAAAGGGUAAUAUUAAGUUAA